AAUCAACUGGACAGAGAAAGGUUCUGCUGUUUGAUCUGUGUGGAUCUACUGAAGGAUCCGGUGACUACAGUCUGUGGACACAGCUACUGUAAGAGCUGUAUUAACACCCACUGGGACAAAGAGGAGGAGAGAGGAAGCUACAGCUGUCCUCAGUGUAGACAAACCUUCACACCGAGGCCUGUCCUGGUGAAAAACACCAUGUUAGCUUUUUCACUGGAGGAGCUGAAGAAGAAUGGACUCCAAGCUGCUCCUGCUGAUCACUGCUAUACUGGACCUGAAGAUGUGGCCUGUGAUGUCUGCACUGGUAGUAAACGGAAAUCUCACCUCCAGCCUCAUCUUCAGCCAGCUCCAUUGAAGAAGCACAAGCUGGUGGAGCCCUCGGAGAAGCUCCAGGAGAACAUCUGCUCUCGUCACGAUGAGGUGAUGAAGAUGUUCUGCGGCACUGAUCAGCAGUGUAUCUGUUAUCUCUGCUCUGUGGAGGAUCAUAAAGACCACGACACAGUUUCAGCUGCAGCAGAAAGGACUGAGAGGCAGAGAGAGCUCGGGCUGAGGAGACAAACAAUCCAGCAGAGAGUCCAGGACACAGAGAAAGACGUGAAGCUGCUUCAACAGGAGGAGGAGGCCGUCAAUGGCUCUGCUGAUAAAGCAGUGGAGGACAGUGAGGAGAUCUUCACGGAGCUGAUCCGUCUGCUGGAGAAAAGAAGCUCUGAUAGACUGGAGCAGCAGAUCAGAUCCCAGCAGGAAACUGAAGUGAGUCGAGUCAGAGAGCUUCAGGAGAGACUGGAGCAGGAGAUCACUGAGCUGAAGAGGAAAGACUAUGAACUGAAGCAGCUCUCAGACACAGAGGAUCACAACCAGCUUCUACACAACUACCCCUCACUGUCACCACUCAGUGAAUCUACACACUCAUCCAGCAUCAGCAUCCGUCCUCUGAGGAACUUUGAGGACGUGACAGCAGCUGUGUCACAGGUCAGAGGUCGACUACAGGACAUUCUGAGUGAGACAGGGACAAAGAUUUUACAGAUUGUGUCUCAAGUGGAUGUUUUACUAGGACAACCAGAGCCAGAGACCAGAGCUGACUUCUUAAAGUAUUCACAGGAAAUCACACUGGAUCCAAACACAGCAAACAGACAGCUGUUAUUAUCUGAGGGAAACAGAAAAGUAACAUGGAUUAGUGAAGAUCAGUCUUGUUCUGAUCACCCAGACAGAUUCACUGAUUGGUGGCAGGUCCUGAGUAGAGAGAGUCUGACUGGACGUUGUUACUGGGAGGUGAAGAUGAGCAGAGGAGGAGAAGUUGACGUAGCAGUCGUAUACAAGAAUAUUAGAAGAGCAGGAAACUCACUUGAAUGUUUAUUUGGAUGCAAUGAUAAGUCUUGGUCAUUAUCUUGUGUUGUAAACAGUUAUAACUUUUAUUACAACUGCAACAUGACUCCAGUGUCAGGUCCUCGGUCCUCCAGAGUAGGAGUGUACCUGGAUCACAGUGCAGGUGUUCUGUCCUUCUACAGAGUCUCUGACACCAUGACUCUCCUCCACAGAGUCCAGACCACAUUCACUCAGCCUCUCUAUGCUGGAGUUAAUGUUUAUUAUGGAGCCACAGCUCAACUGGACAGAGAAAGAUUCUGCUGUCCGAUCUGUCUGGUGAAAAACACCAUGUUAGCUGAUUUAGUGGAGGAGCUGAAGAAGACUGGAAUCCAAGCUGCUCCUGCUGAUCACUGCUCUGCUGGACCUGAAGAUGUGGCCUGUGAUGUCUGCACUGGGAGAAAACUGAAAGCUCUCAAGUCCUGUUUAAAUUGUUUGGCCUCUUAUUGUGAAAAACACCUCCAGCCUCAUUUUCAGGCAGCUGCAUUUAAGAAGCACAAGCUGGUGGAGCCCUCGGAGAAGCUCCAGGAGAACAUCUGCUCUCGUCACGACGAGUUGAUGAAGAUGUUCUGCCGCACUGAUCAGCAGUGUAUCUGUUAUCUCUGCUCUGUGGAUGAACAUAAAGACCACGACACAGUGUCAGCUGCAGCAGAAAGGACUGAGAGGCAGAGAGAGCUCAGGCUGAGGAGACAAACAAUCCAGCAGAGAGUCCAGGACACAGAGAAAGACGUGAAGCUGCUUCAACAGGAGGAGGAGGCCCUCAAUGGCUCUGCUGAUAAAGCAGUGGAGGACAGUGAGGAGAUCUUCACUGAGCUGAUCCGUCUGCUCGAGAAAAGAAGCUCUGAUGUGAAGCAGCAGAUCAGAUCCCAGCAGGAAACUGAAGUAAGUCGAGUCAGAGAGCUUCAGGAGAGACUGGAGCAGGAGAUCAAUGAGCUGAAGAGGAAAGACCAUGAACUGAAGCAGCUCUCAGACACAGAGGAUCACAACCAGUUUCUACACAACUACCCCUCACUGUCACCACUCAGUGGAUCUACACACUCAUCCAGCUUCAGGAUCCGUCCUCUGAGGAACUUUGAGGACGUGAGAGCAGCUCUGUCACAGGUCAGAGGUCGACUACAGGACAUUCUGAGUGAGACAGGGACAAAGAUUUUACAGAUUGCGUCUCAAGUGGAUGUUUUACUUCCACAACCAGCGAUGAAGAACAGAGUUGACUUCUUAAAAUAUUCACAGAAAAUCAAACUCAAUCGUAACACAGCAAACAAUGAUCUGUUAUUAUCUGAGGGAAACAGAAAAGUAACACGUGUGAGUGAAGAUCAGGAUUAUUCUGAUCAUCCAGAAAGAUUCACUAAUUGGCCUCAGGUCCUGAGUAGAGAGAGUCUGACUGGACGUUGUUACUGGGAGGUGAAGAUGAGCAGAGGAGGAAGAGUUGAUGUAGCAGUCACAUACAAGAAUAUCAGAAGAGUAGGAUGCUCACGUCAAUGUGGAUUUGGAUCAAAUGAUAAAUCUUGGUCAUUAUAUUGUGAUGUAAACAGUUAUAACUUUUCUUACAACAACAUCAAAUCUCCAGUGUCAGGUCCUUGGUCCUCCAGAGUAGGAGUGUACCUGGAUCACAGUGCAGGUGUUCUGUCCUUCUACAGCGUCACUGGCACCAUGACUCUCCUCCACAGAGUCCAGACCACAUUCACUCAGCCUCUCUGUGCUGGAGUUAGGGUUGGUUAUGGAGCCACAGCUGAGUUCUGUUAACUCAAACAGACUUGAGUCAUUAAAAGCAGUGAUUUAGAUUCUGUGUGUAAAUCUUUAACUUCUAAUGUCUCCAUGUUUGUUGAUCAAAGUCCGUCGUGGUGACGUAUUUAGUUCUCACUUUGUAAAGACAGAAAUCUACAAUUACACUGAGAUGAAUGUGUUUGAAAGAACUUUUUUCUUAAUCAAUGUAGAAAUCAGGUUGUGUGAUGUUUUAGAACCUGUGUUGAUCCUGAUCCUCACCAAUGAGCUGAUUAUUUGUUCUUUUCUUUUCCACAUGUGAGAUGGAGGUGAAACAAACAGCUCAUCUCUGUAAAGUGUGAAUCCUCUCGUCCUCAUUGUAUUUACAGAUUUAGUGAACGGGCAUAUUGAUCUGCUGCUGCGUAGGUUUCUGUUGUUUUGAUUUUCCUGAUCUGAACUAGCAGUUCCAUUGGAGAGUGUCCUGAUCGAGUCCUUCUGAGGGUUUGUUCUGCAGCUCUCAUCACUUGUGUUUAUUAUACAUGGGAUUAUACAUUGAAAUAUCUUAAACAUGUAUGAAGCAAUAAAAAUGGAAUGAGGAAGCUGAAAGUUGAAAUAAAGAAU